AUGAACAGAUAUAAAAUUCAAUGGUUAUUUAUAAUAGUAUUAAUAUUAAUAAUUAUAAGUGACACUUGUUUUAGCAUAGAGAAUAAUAAUAAUAAUUAUAAUGCUAUUAAUGACGAUAAUGAUAGUUUUAAAGAUGGUGGAUUUACAAGUUGUGGAGGAUAUAUAAAGAAUAAUUUCAAGUAUACUCAAAAUAAUUUCAAUUACAGUAAAAUAGUAAUGAAAUUAAUAGAUAUAAGAACUAAAAAAGUCGUUGAAACUUCAGAAUGUUCACCAAUUGAUGGUUAUUACUUUUUACCAGUUUACGAGAGAGGUUCUUAUAAAAUUCAAUUUGAUUCACCAUCUGAUUGGAUAUUUGAUAUAAAUUCAUAUAAAAUUACGGAUUUAAGACAAUGUAAAAAUAAAGAUAUAAAUUUCGAAUUAUUAGGAUUUAAAGUUGAAGGUUAUAUAAAAAGUGAUAAAUCAUGUAAAGUAAAUAAAAAUAAUGAUAAAGAUACUGAUGAUGCUCAUGAUGAUGAUGGUCCAGCUUUAUUUGCAAUUAAUUCAUAUAAUAUAAAUUAUCAGUCAAUAAAAUUAGAAUUACUAUUAAAAAAAAAUAAAAAAAAACAAAUUAAUAAAGAAAAAGAAGAAAAAGAAGAAGAAGAAAAAGAAGAAGAAAUAGUUGAUACAGUAUUAACAAGUUUAAAUGGUUAUUAUAGAUUUGAUGGUGUUAAACCAAUUUCAAAAUCAUCUAAUCACUAUUAUAUUAUUAGAAUAUCAAAUGAUCAAGUAGCACCAAUAUCAUAUUGGAGUUUUUUAAAAGAUAAAAUUGAAUUUCAAUUUGAUUGGGAUAAUGUAAUAAUUGAUAAACCAUUAAUUAUAAAUGGUUUCGAUGUUUCUGGUACAGUUUUAAAUGAUAAUGAACCAUUAGAUUCUGUCAUAUUAACUUUAUAUUCAAAAUCUUUAACUUCAAUUAAACAUUGUAAACCAUUAACAAAUACUAUUAUUAAAGGAUUUAGUUCAAUUUGUUCAAUUGAAUCAAAUAGUGAUGGUAAAUUUAUAUUUAAAAAAAUACCAUGUGGAAAUGAAUAUAAAAUCAUAGCACAAUAUAAAAAAGAUAAUGUGAAAUAUGAUAUUGAACCGGAGGAAUAUAUAUUCGAUGUUGAUGGUAGUGGUAGUUUAUCAUUGGAUACUGAUAAACAAAUCAUAUUUAAAUUGAAUGGGUUUAGUGUAACUGGUUUGGUUUUAGAUGAUAGAGGUUUACCAUUCACUCAAGAGAUUGUAAACAUUUAUGUAAAUGGUCAAAUUAAAUCUCAAACUCAUAAAUCUGAUGGUUUAUAUAUUUUAGAUUCAAUAAAACCUGGUACUUAUAAAAUUGAAGCAAAAUUAAAUAAUUAUAAAUUUAAUUUACCAUCAUUAGGUGGUAAUAAUAAUAAUAAAAAUGAUAAUAAUAAUAAUAAUAAUAAUAAUAAUAAUAAUAAUAAUAAUAAUAAUAAUAUUUUAAUUGAACCACCAAAUAAUUUAAUUAUACCAAAUAUUACAUUAAAAUCAUAUCAAAUAACUGGUAAAUUAAAAUUAAGUCAAAAAAUUGAACUAAAUUUAAUUCCUUCACUUGGUCUUUAUAAUCGUAAUGAUAAUUUAGAGAAUGGUAAUCAAGCAAAAUUUAUUUAUGAAGAAAUUGAAGUUUUACUAAUUGAAAAAAUUAAAAUUCAAUCAACAUUUGAUUUUAAUAAUGAUAUCAAUAUGAAUUUAAAUCAAGAGAAUGAUGAAUCAUUUGAAUAUAUUCAAGUUUCAACUUGUAAAUUAAAUAAACAAGGUUCAUUUGAAUUUGAUGUUAUUAAAUCUGCAAAUUAUAUUGUUAAAAUUAAAGAUAGUACUAAAAAUCAAUUAAUAAACAAUAAUAUUCAAUUGGAAAGAGAUGAAUUUCACGUAACUUUAAAUCAUAAAUCAAUUGGUGGUUUAGAAUUUAGACAAAUCACUACCCAAAUUAAUGAUAAUAAUCCUAAUCAUAAUAAUAAUAAUAAUAAUAAUAAUAGUAAUAAUAAUGAUAAUAAUAAUAAUAAUAAUAAUAAUAAUAAUAAUAAUAAUGAAAUUAAAAGAAUAAUUAAAAUUGAAUCAACAGAACAAUCUAUAUUUAUUCAGCCAUAUGUUAAUAAUCAAGGUGAAGCUAUAUUUACAUUUGAUGAUUUAUUAAUUGGUUAUUAUAGAUUAAGAAUUGAUUACGAUGAUUGUGAAACAAAAAGAAAUGAAAAAAUUCAAUCACUAUUGGAAUCUGUUAAUAUCGUUGAAUUCAAACAAACUGGUUUUAAAUACAUAAUUGAAUCAAAAAAUAUUGAACAAGAAGAUUCAGUUAUAAUAUCACAUAGAUUAAAUGGUGAAAUUAUUGAUAAUGUACAAUUAAAGAAAUUAAUUUCACCAGAACAACAACAACAACAACAAGAUGAUGAUAAUAAUAAUAAUAAUAAUGAAGAAAAUAAUAAUAAUAAAAAGAUAACAACAGCAACAUUAAAUAAUUUUAUUUUAAAAGAAGGUGGAUCACAUGAAUUUAUAGUUAAAUCAUGUUUUCAAUUUCCAAAUGGUGAAUCAUAUACUUUUGAUACGAAUAAUGAUUCAAAUAAACCAAGUUGGUUAGUAAGUAAUAAGAUUAAAUUAGAGAUUGAAAAAUAUUUAAUUGAAGGAUCAAUUGAUUUAACAAUGCUAAUCAAUCAAUUUCCAUCAUUAAAAAGACAACAAUCAAAUCAACAAGGUGGUUUAACAAUUAGAAUUAAAUUAAUUAAUCCAAAAACUAAUCAAUUACUUGAUCAAUUAGAUACUUCAAUCUCUGAUUCUUCAAUGAUUUAUCAAUUUAAUUUCAUGUCUUCCUUAAAUGAUGACCAAAUUCAAUUAAUACCAAUUAUCAAUUUUAAUAAUUUUAUUAAUGAUAAUGGUAAUGGUGAUGAUUUAAUAAUAAUAACUAAAGAUGAUAUUUUAUUUUAUCCAUCUUCAAGAGUUUUUAAAAUCGAUCCAAAAGAUAAAGGUAAAUGUCAAUUACCAAUUGAACCAUUUAUUGGUAAAUUUGGUAAAUUUAUAAAUGGUAAAAUUGAUCCACCACCAACUGGUGGAAUGGUAAAGGUUAUUGCUACUGCACAAUCUUUAAAUGAUGUUGGUUCAAUUAAGAGUGCUGAAAUCUCUACAAUUUCAAAUGAAAAUGGUGAAUAUAGAAUUGGACCACUUUAUGAAAAUGUUAAAUAUGAAUUUUAUCCAAUUAAAGAAGGUUUUCAUUUUAAACAAAUUUUUCAUAAUAAUAAUAAUAAUGGUGAAACAUCAUCAUCGUCGUUUAUUAAUUUUAAAUCAAUUAAACAUGGUUCAAUUAAAGUUUUCAUUAAAGAUAGUAAAACAAAUUUACCUGUUCCUGAUGUUUUAUUAUCAUUAAGUGGUGCUAUUAAUUCUCCAAUUUUAAAUAAUAAUGGUCAACAACAACAACAACAACAACAACAACAUGACGAUGAUGGUAAAAAUCAAGAAAUUCCACCAUAUCGUAAAAAUGUUCAAUUAUCAGAUAAUGGUUCAAUUAUAUUUGAUUCAUUAUAUCCAAAUAGAUAUUACUUAAGAUCUGUAUUAAGAGAAUAUUCAAUUACACCAAGCUCACAAAUUGUUCAAGUUUUGGAGGGUAAAGAAGAAUUGAUUGAAUUGGUUGCAACUAAAGUAUUGUUUUCAGCAAGUGGUAAUGUUUGUUCAUUAAAUAAUGUUCCAUUUUCAAAUAUUUAUGUAUUUUCAUACAAAGUUAUAGAAUUAAAAGAUUUUGAUGGUAAUUUAAUUUCAACAUCAUUGGAAUUAUUUAAAGAAUGUAAAACUGAUGAAAAUGUUCAACCAACAACACCAUCAAUUAAUACUUUUCAAUUGGUUGGUAAUAUUGUAAUGAAUGGUAAUUUAAAUAAUUAUAAAAGACAAAAUCAAUUUAUGCAUUCAUCAAUUAAUAAUAAUAAUAAUCAUUAUUAUUAUUAUUAUUAUAAACAAAAUAUCAAUAAUAGUAAUAAUAAUAAUAAUAUAUUACCAAAAGGAUUAAAAGUACAUAUUUAUACAAAAAGUAGAAGUGGUAAUCAAUUACUAUUGGUAAAAUCAUUAGAUAUAUCAAUGUUUAAUAUGUUUACAAGUUUAUUAGAUAAAACUAAACUAUCAUCAAAACCAUAUUUAAUUAGAAUUGAAAAAGAAUCAACUAGAUCAACGAAUAAUAACAAUAUUAAUAAUAAUAAUAACUUAUACCAAAUUGAACCAAAAGAAAUUGAAAUUCCAAUGGAAUGCUCAAAUUUUAAAGAACAAUGUAAUGUCACUUUUCAAUUUAAUUUUAAGACAUCCAGCAGUGGUUUACUUGAUGACAAUAAUGGUGGUGGUGAUGAUGAUCAUCAAUUCGAUUUAGUAUCAAUAUCCUACUCAAGUUUAAUCAUUGGUUUGGUUGUUGUAUUGUUAAUAUUCUAUCCAAACCAAAUCCAUUCAUUAGUUACACUAAAGUUUUUAAAUACUAAAAAAAUUAAAUCAAAAUUUUCAUCUUCUUCAUCAUCAUCAUCUUCAUCCUCCUCCAAUAAAUUGAAAUUAAAGAAAAAGAAAUAA